AUGCUUAAGCACAAUUUUGCAAUGUUGACCUGUGUUAGUAAAACCGUCCAUAUCAUCACAACUACUGUGAACAUCCAGGUGGAUUAUACUGCGUUUCUUCAGGACAAAUUGGGCUUUCAUUUGGUGGUAAAUGAACAGUGACACCGCGGUCUUUUUGUGCAGAAAGACAAGUAUGCAAAUAUGUGGCCCCAUGGAAAAAAGCCCAGUUCUGUGAGGCCGCAUAUUUGUGUUACGUCAGCGUCAAGGGGUUAAGGUAG